AUGUAUCUGGGGGUUUUAGAAGUUGAACGUUUCGAAGUAAAACGGAUCAAUAAGAAGUACCUGCCCACCUCGAACGUUCAAACACAUUACAACAUCACGAGUGCCGAUGCUGAGGAGCUGAAACCCAUAGACGAUGUGACUUACAUCGAUUUCAAUUCGCCGGCUUCGAGUCCUUCGAAGAGACCCAACGUCUGCGACGAUUGCGUGUGCGGAGUAGGUAGAAAAAUAAGAAUCGUCGGUGGGAACGUAACCAGUGUCUACGAAUAUCCAUGGAUGGUAAGCAUGAGCAAUCACGGUACAUUCUUUUGCGCCGGAAGUUUAAUCACUCGAAGACACGUGCUCACGGCGGCUCAUUGUAUGGAGGGAUUCGACAUAAAGAGCAUCAAGUUAACUUUAGCUGACAGCGACCGUCCAAAUUUGAGCAAGACCGCGAUAGUGCGCCGCAUCAAGUCGGUCUCUAUCCACGAAAACUUUCACUCGUACACGUUCAACAACGACAUCGCCAUCGUCGAAAUGGAUCGUCCGGUGGACGUGAAUGGUAUCGUGAGAACUGCAUGUCUGCCCGAAGACAAAGCAAUCGAUUAUACUGGAGCAACGGCUACGGUGGUCGGCUGGGGUCGAACCGGAGAGGAUAAAGCUGUGAGCAAUGAAUUGCGAAAAGUUAACCUUCCAAUCUUAUCUCAGGAAGAGUGUGAUCAAGCCGGAUAUCAGAAAAAGCGGAUCACUGAGAACAUGUUCUGCGCUGGCUACUUGGAAGGCGAACGUGAUGCCUGUUUCGGUGACAGCGGCGGUCCUCUUCACAUAAAAGGAACCUACGGACACCUCGAAGUAAUAGGUAUCAUUUCAUGGGGUCGUGGCUGCGCGAGACCAAACUUCCCAGGUAUCUACACGAAACUGACUAAUUAUCUCGGUUGGCUGAAGGACCGUCUCGAUGACGAAUGCGUGUGCCCGCCGCCUCGUCACUAACUUCUUGACAAACC